CAACUGUAUGACCACCUUAGAGAAACAUGAAUUCAAAAUUAAUUUACACAAAUCUGACUCUAGUAUAUAUAACUGUAAAUCAUCAUAUGUAGUGAAAACAUCAUAAGAAAGAUGGACUUAGAUUGGUUCGAUUGCCUUCUGCCAGAAUGAGUCAGAGUACCAGUAAAGGUACUGGUCAACACUACGUAGAAUGUGCCACAUGCAACUGUUACAAUUAUUCCAGUCACUACUGCAACACCUGCCACCAGCGGAUGUGUGAGCAAUGCCGAGACGAUCAUCUCAAGGAAAGGGGGCAUGGAAAACAUGAAGUUGUACUGUACCAGGAUAGGAUAAAAGAAUUGCCUUCUGAAAAAUGCAGCAUCCACCCCACACGGGUCUUGGAGCUCUUUUGUAGUGAGUGCCAAGCUCCUAUCUGUUCCAAAUGUUUUACCACAGAUCAUAUUGGUCACCAAGUACGUGACCUAGAGGUUGUAUACAAUGAAAGUCUACAAAAAAGCCAGAAAGAGUUGAUCAAGAUUCGCGACAAUGUCUUCCCUCGAUCUGUAGAAAAUCUUCAGUCUCAGAGAGAAAGAACUGAAGACAUCAAAAAGAAAAUAGCUCAGACAAGAUUAUCCAUGAAGAAAAGUGCUGAUGAGAUUAAGGCGACAUUGGAUUGCAUACUGGCUGAUAAUAAUGCCAGACUUGAUAUAAUGGAGAAGGUGGUGUUAGAUGAAGUGGUAGACCAAGGAAAGAAAUCAGAAGAGUACAUCUCCUAUUUACAGAAACUUAUCAAGGACUAUGACAUAGAGAUGCGAUCAAGUAAACCAUCAGAAGUUAUCAAAUUCUGUAAAGAGAUGGCCAAUGUUCCAAUUUUAAAGAUUCCAGAAGCACAUCAACCUGUUUCUAUAGAGUUUACAAAAGGUAAAAUCAGAAAGGAGGAGAUAGAGAAGCAAUUUGGAGAAAUCAGUCAGAGUAAACAAAAGAUUCCCAAAAGAGAAGAAAAAGAAAGUGUACAAACCACCCAACCACCAAUAUCCACAACAGCAAGUCAGCAAAUUGGAAAUGUUUCCAUCAAUGUUAAAAAAGAGACAGAGAUAAAUAUCCGUUUUCAUUUGAGUUCUCUAUUUCAUAUAUCACCCUUACCAUUUCAAAAAUUCUGGGCAAGCGAUGACAAAGGAAACUUAAUCCAGGCUGACAUGAAGGGAAAUAUCCUUCAGAAAAUAUCCACUAAUUUAAAUAACAACGGCUACCAUACGACAACAUCCGAAGGGGAACUACUUUAUACAGAUACUUUUCAUAGAGCCAUUUACAGAGUCGGCAGUGCAAAGAAAACCACGACUCUUAUAACCACUGCUGACUGGGAACCCUACUCCAUCUACUCCUCUCGUCUAAAUGGAGACAUUCUGGUGGGGAUGAUGAAAGACAACACGUGUAAACUAACCAGGUACAGCAAAGAAGGAGAAAAACUACAGGACCUUCAGUCUUAUCAGAGAAAAAACAAGAAACCAAAUCCACCUCAGGCACUAGGGGUUGUCGAUGUUUCCUACAUAAAGUUCAUCACAGAAAACAUAAAUGGUGAUAUCUGUAUAGUGAACAACAGGAAGGUAGAGGGGAUGACCAGCUCUGGGAAGCAUCGGUUCUCUUACUCUGGUCUACAGCAGUAUAGCUUUUCACCUACAGGAAUCUGUACGGAUAUUCUGGGACACAUUCUGGUGUGUAGUUCCUCUAGUUUCUCCAAUGUUCAUCUGUUAAAUGCUGAUGGGCAGUUUAUUGCUGUCCUAUUUGAUACAGACCAGUGUCCAAGGAAUCCUUCUGCUAUCUGUGCUGACGAUCAACAAGACCUCUGGAUUGGGUCUCAGAAUAAUCUGUACAACUGUACUGUUCAUGUCUACAGAUAUCUUCAGCUAUAGGUCAAGGACAAACAUACAUAUGACAUUUCAAGAAGUAGAAAAGUUCAAAACUAUGGGUUUUGUGAUGAAAAAAGGAUAUAUUUUUCAGUUGUUAUAAAUCUAGCACAGAUAUGAAUUGGGCUG